CGCCGCUCGCCGUAGAUACAGGAAGUGGGACCAAAACAAAGGAGCGCCGGCUGGGAGCGGACCUACCUGCGCUGGUGUCCCUGCAGCUUUGCCCGGGCCCACUCCACGGAAGCCGCACGACCAUGUCCAACAUGGAGAAACACCUAUUCAGCCUGAAGUUCGCGGCCAAGGAACUGAACAGGAGCGCCAAAAAAUGCGACAAGGAGGAAAAGGCCGAAAAGGCCAAAAUUAAAAAGGCCAUUCAGAAGGGCAACAUGGAAGUUGCAAGGAUACACGCCGAAAAUGCCAUCCGCCAGAAGAACCAAGCAGUGAAUUUCUUGAGAAUGAGUGCGCGGGUGGAUGCGGUGGCUGCCAGAGUCCAGACUGCGGUGACGAUGGGCAAAGUGACCAAGUCCAUGGCGGGUGUGGUUAAGUCGAUGGAUGCGACGUUGAAGACCAUGAAUCUGGAGAAGAUCUCCGCUUUGAUGGACAAGUUCGAGCACCAGUUUGAGACCCUGGACGUCCAGACGCAGCAGAUGGAAGACACGAUGAGCAGCACGACGACCCUGACCACUCCCCAGAGCCAAGUGGAUAUGCUACUCCAGGAAAUGGCAGACGAGGCGGGCCUCGACCUCAACAUGGAGCUGCCACAGGGCCAGACCGGUUCAGUAGGAACGAGCGUGGCUUCGGCUGAGCAGGAUGAACUGUCCCAGAGACUGGCCCGCCUUCGGGAUCAAGUCUGACUGCAGAACCAGCCCGCCCAAGGUUUCCUUUCGACGCGCUCUCUGUUUUUGAGAGAUGCCCUAGAAUUGUGCCAGAAUACCGAACAGUCUUCUUUCUAAAAACCUUUGGGUUUACAGCCUUCUCCAGAUAGUAUAUGAAAUUCCAGUUUUCCUCCACUUCUAACUGGAUUUUAAAGUUCUUUUUAGCUUAUGAUGAUGUGUAUUUUUUAUAGCUGCCUUUUAACAGAACAGGUUGAUUUGUUCUCUAUGAAUCUAGAAAAAUCGGCAGAACUCUAGCCCUCAUGUAUUCCGUUUUCACUUAGAAUUAUCAGAUUGAAGUUUAUUUUUAGUGUGGUUAAUGAUACAUAGUGACAAGUGGUGCAAAAAAUUAAAUGAGGAGGAAUGGGUACUUAGUUUAUUUACAAAUCUGUAAACACUUUGUUCGAUUUAUUUGGUGGAAAAUACUCUUUCUGUAUAUCAUUUGGUUUUCUUUGCUUUUGCUAUCAAAGAAAGACUAACUGAUGAUUAAUUUAUUCUCAUAACUUAUACUAGAACCUUAGAAGAUUUUUGCAAAAUAUGCAUUUUACAUUCUGUUCAUGGAAUAAUGUGGUUUGUAUAACUGGGGGAAAAUGCCACAUACUUUAUUAUCAAGAAAAAUUAAAUUUGUUCAUUUAUAUUCUAUCGAGAUUUCUUAAGACUUAACAUUUAAUAAUUUCUAAUUGUGUUUUUUUGUUGUUGUUGGUUUGGUUUGGUUUGGUUUUACGAGACAGGGUUUCUCUGUAUUGUUUUGGAGGCUGUCGGUCCAGCCCGGCCUCGAACUCACAGAGAUCUGCCUGCCUCUGCUUCCUGAGUGCUGGGAUUAAAGGCAUGUGCCACCACCACCCGGCUCUUAGUUGUUUCCUAAUGAAAGUCAACCCUCUAUUGACUGCUGAUCAAAAUAAUGUUCAUCAACAUGGCAGUCCUAUUACAUGCCUAACAUUGCCAAUGAACUGCUGAUUUGGUCCUGAUAAAUCCUGGGACUGUUGUUAUAGGUUUUGUUUUUAUUUGAUAACCAAAAAUAUAAAUAAAAUUAGAACAGUA